GCAAUUCUAACACACCGGUCCCGCAAGUGAUAAGUGAAGGGCAGCGUGCGGCCGAGCCGAGCGGGUCUGACGCUAGCUGUCGAGUGCAGUGUGUGAGGGGACGUGUUCGGGGUUGUGGCUUUGUGGAGAGCGGCUGGAAAGUGAAAUCAUCAAAUAACAUAAAGAAAAAAAAAUCGCUAGUCAAUAAAAAAGUAGCAGUAUGCUUGACGUGACUCAGCAAUAGCCAUCAAAAGUACUUUAAUUAAAACGUUGGCCAAGACAAGUGUGGAAUUAACUGAACCCAAAUUACAGAAGAACAAAGAAGAAUUAGUGAAACUAAAUAAAGAAGACUUGUAUGACCUCAUUCAUGGGUGAAAAGAAAAGAGAAAGAAAAGACAAAGAGAAAAGAGAGAGAAAGUACAAAUAAUAAAACGCUGGUGUGUUAUGACGGAAAAGUGGAGGCGUGAUUUGCUCGCCGUGGGGAGGAUUUGAAUGUUGGUGGUGGCGGUGUUUCCUGGAUAUGAUCAAAGUGCGUCUGGGGAAAAGUGACCCUUCUAGAGACUCACAAUUCUGUGACCACCGAGGGACACGACCUGUGCCACUGUAGUUUAUACCGUCGCGGUGAACCAAGCCUGGAAUUGGCGCAAGCACGUCCGUAUUGCUCAAGUGAACCAAGAGCAUAGUCGAGAGUGUAGAACGUGGACUCAGGACAGCACACGUGCUUCAGCAACACCAUGAGGAAGCAGCGGUGGGUGACGGCGCUGGAGGUGGUGGCGGUGGUAGUGACGGCAAUGGCGGUGCAAGAGGCCGCCUCCCUUCGAGUCCCUCUGCUCCCCGCCGCUGCCUUCCAAGAGGACAGACGCAUCAAUGUUACCGACGAUAACCACACUACUAACGAAGCCACUGAAGACUCAUGGUCGUGGUCUGGGUGGCUGCCCUCUACACACACCCUCGGCAUUAGCUUCGGGGAGCUGCAGGAAACCCUCAACAGUGACUGGGGCUUGAGAUUAAGACGCGACCCUCUCGAGCUCUCCGGCAUGGAUGAAGGGGACAUCGUGCCUCCCCCAUCUCGAGGGAUAGUGAAGAAGAAUGGUCUUGAGAACAAGAUAGCGGUCCGGGACAGCAUCAAGCUCUGGGACGGUGCGGUGGUUCCCUAUGAGUUCUCCAUGGAGUACACGCUACUACCGAUCGAGCAGCUCAACAUCCGUCGUGUGAUGCGGGACAUCGCCAAGCACUCCUGUAUUCGCUUCGUGAAGAGGACUGAUGAGCAGGAUUAUCUCAAGAUCAUCGUUGACAGGGACAGGUGUUACAGCUACGUGGGACGGGUGGGCGGCGAGCAGCAACUAUCCUUGGGUCUCCUGUGUGCCACUUGGUUAGAUCUGGGUCCUAUCUACCAUGAACUUUUCCACGCCCUCGGGUUCUACCACGAACACAACCGGCCCGACAGAGAUCAAUACAUCGAAGUGAACUGGGACAAUAUCGCAGAAGGCAGUGAAAAGAACUUCGUUAAAAGGGAAAUGAAUACCGUGGAGCUCAUCGACCUUCCCUACGACAUCGAUUCCGUGAUGCACUACAGUCCCUUCACGUUCAGCAAGUGGUCCAUCCUCACCCCAACCAUCAAAUCCAAGAAGAAAGGUUACAACUUCUGGAGGAAAGCCGAACCCUCGAAAACUGAUUAUCGCAAGCUCAAUCGGCUGUACGGCUGCAAGCGAGGUCGGAGAGCAAGGUGGCUGGGACGCGUUGGGCUGCCCACUGCAGGCAAUCCCUACGGCGGAAAAAGCUUCACUCGGAGGCAGCCACGACUAUGGAGGCAUCGUUUUCAGUCUUAAGAAGAGUAAUAUGAAUUUUUUUUUUUUUUAUUUCGGUGCUGGCGCCGUCCCUUCUGCUCAAAGUCACACUUGGCUGUUCACUUAAUAGUAAGAUUGUCUGAUGUGGCGAGUGCUGUUACUGUUGUUUAUAAUAUUGUUGGUUAAUUUUAGUUAAAAACUUUCUUACACAGAGAACGUGCCCUUGAGAGGACAAUGGUUCCGUCAGCGUGGUCCGUGAUUGAAAACAAAAUUAGCAAAAUGCAAAUGAUACUCACAUAAUGUUGAAUCACCCAAGCUACACCAGCCUAGUACAAGUCCCUCUGCGUCAUCAGCACUUACAUUGUUAAUGAUGGUUUACGAUUCUUUACACAAUUAUUUCAGCAGUUACUACUUCGGCAUGAACAAGGAUAAUUUCUGUGAACUGGGAUUUCUCUGAUAAGGCAACCAACUUUUGCUCAGGGAAAUGUUUCUUGUGUAAUAACAUCUUUAUAUAUUCAGUUACGUGAUGCUCUGUGUCACUACUGUAGUCACGAGGUUAAUUAGUGUAUGUUAUUUCAGGUUGUCGCGGUAAGAUUUUGACAGUCUCGCGGGUUGUUCUGUUUAGAGGAUGUAUAAUGUUAAUUAUUCUGUCAUGUAGGCUACAUAUAUAUGUACCAAACUAGAAUAUGAAAACACUUUUCGUUAUGAAUAAAUAUUGCUGCCAAAGAUAAAAA